GUAGAGCCGUUUCGGAAGCUCUUUGGAACGUGCGAUUUUAAUGAUUCAAGCACGACUUGUCCGUCGGAGCUAGAGAAAUGAUUGAUCUACGAGAUGAUAAUUCAAAGAAUUCCUCUCCGGCCUACGGUAGGAGAAACGACAGCACGAACGUACCGGUGACAUCUCAGCGAGGUCUGGCGCCACUUAGUCCAUACCUCAACUUUGACCCAUCGUACCUGCCAGCCACUCAACCGGAGUUCAUAUUUCCUGAAGGAGCAGUGAAACAGCGAGGGAGAUUCGAAUUAGCUUUUAGUCAAAUAGGAGCAGCAUGUAUGCUCGGUGCUGGAGUAGGUGGUGCGACUGGAUUUUACAGAGGUCUAAAGGCGACGACGCUAGCUGGUCAAACAGGAAAGCUUAGACGGACACAAUUGAUUAAUCACAUGAUGAAGAAUGGCUCAUCACUUGCAAACACUCUUGGAGUUGUCACAGUCAUGUACAGUGGAUUCGGCGUUGUUCUCUCAUGGGUGAGAGGGACGGACGACUUUCUUAAUACUUUGGCAGCGGCGACGGCAACUGGCAUGCUAUUUAAAUCUACAGCUGGUCUCCGCAAGUGUGCUCUUGGUGGUGGAAUUGGAUUUGGAAUUGCUUCGCUCUACUGUCUAUGGAACAAUCGAGAAGCCAUCUCACAGUUGAGGCAUCACAGCAUAAAUCCAGCGUAAGACUGUAUCUAAAUGACGACCAGCACUAGUGUGGACUAGCAACGAAAUUUGUCUGCCUUGUACAUAGAAAAUUCCAAGAUGGAUCGUAAGACGAAACCUUUAUCUAUAUAAGUUACAAAGUGUAUCGGAAAUAAAGAAAUUUUAAUAGCGA